CACGGGCGACUCGUCAGUAUCGUGCCGCGACUCCCUCGCGACGAGAGAGCUGCUCCAAGUUCCUCGGCCACGAUACCCGCAUCCGCAGUCUCUGGCGCGCGCGACGACUCCUCUUCUUUCUCACUCCUUUCUCCUCGCUCCUGGCCCGACCGGCCACUCGCGCCUGCGACGCCGCGCGGGUUCGCGCGUCAAGAGAGAGAGAGAGAGAAAGGCAGCGAAAGACAAGAGAGAAAGAGAGAGAGCUGGGGAGCGCGCGCGUCUCUUCUUUUUUUUUUCUUUCGUUUCGCUCCGGUAACGCGCCGACCGCGAGUGUGAUCGCGAUCCGUGGAGGUGCUUAAGAGGCCCCUCCGUCGCCGAGCCGCCAGGAUACCCUUCAAGGGACUCCGGGACUUCGACAGCCGGAGCGACGCCCGCGCGCGGUCUCACGACGCACAGAGUCGUGACGGACGAUCUCCACCAAACAUGUUGCGUCUCGUGGUCCUCCUGCUUUUAUGUAUCGCCGCCACCUACACGCCUGGCCGCUGCGACGCGAGGGCUUCGCGAGAUGUCGGGCACGCGAGACUGCCAGAGUUCCUCUCGGAAUUGGACCUGUCGAGUCUCGAGGCAUCCGAGGAAGACGUCGAAGCUCUGAAGAAAAUCGUGAAAAGACUGGCGCCGGAGAAGAACGGCGAGUACCAAGUUUACCAAGUCUUCUUCGGUAACGAGGACCUUCUCAAGGAGUGGCUCAAAGGAGCGGGCGUGACGGGACAGCCCGGGGUGGAUUACCCAGCCCUCACGUCGAUUCCGGCCACUUCAUUCAGCUGUCGCGGCCUGAGGGGCGGAUAUUACGCGGAUUUAGAGACAAAUUGCCAAGUAUUCCACAUCUGCGACAACGGACGCAAGAUCUCGUUCCUGUGCCCGAACGGCACCAUCUUCCAGCAGUCGCAGCUCAUAUGCGACUGGUGGUUCAAGGUCGACUGCAGCAAGUCCACGGAGCUGUACGAGCAGAGCGCCGAGCAGCUGGCCGAGGAGGAGAGGAAGCGGGCGGACGCGAGGAAGAUGAAGUCCGAGUUCCACCGCACGGUCGAGCAGGACAACGCCAAUUACUACGACACGCAGAAUGCUGACUAUGAUGGCAGGCAGAACGGCCGGACGAACCCGUACGGUCAGUCCGUCAAGCAGAAUCAGGUCCCGGAGCGGCAGGAAGAGCCCAAGUCAGUGCAACACUUCGGGCCGAACAACGUCUUCGACCAGUCGCGGGACUCGGGCCGUUACUUCCAGGAGAACAAUGGAAACGCGUUGCGCGGUCGUGACAAGACGACGCAGCCGGCCGAGAGCUACAAUCAGCCGACGGCGACGACGACGACGAUGACGAGGACGACGACGAAGCAACGACAGCAGUACGAGUCCGGCUCAAACUACCAGGCGGGCAACCGGCAGAGGAAUCAGCUGCUGGACUCGCAGAGCGGCAAGUUCAGCUACGAGCACAGCAACAAGCUCCAGGACACCCGGCAGAACUAUCAGAACACCUUCGGCAACCCUCAAGACUACCGCCUGAGCCCAGGCGCGACGCGCAAUGAAAAGCCCGAGUACCAGCGCGGCUCCAAGUCGCGCACUCUGACGCGAAACAACCUCUUCGGCUCUCAGAACAGUCUCAGAAACUCAGAGAAUCAGUCGCAGAAGGUGACUCCGACGUACAUGGAGACGACUACCUUCAGAACCACCACCGCGCCGCCGAGGGAGUUCCAGCAAUUCGCCGAGAGCGCCGCUUUCGUGUCCAAUCGGGGAAAUCGCUUCAACAGCAAGCAGUCCGAGAAUAACCGGCAGUUUUACUACCAGUCGUACCACGAGCAGCGCGGCUCCACGGUCGACGACCGGGAGACGACCACCGUGAGAUACGAAGAGCGAAGCGAGGAGGCGAACAACAACAGGAUAUCCUUCGCUCCGAAGACCGGCGCCUUGCCGUACCCCGGGCCUACCUUCGCUCCCAUCUAUAAGCCCAGGACGACGACGAUACCGCCGUACGAGACCACGCUGCAGUACACGCCGACCACGGAGACGCCGUUCUCCAGCACGUCCUAUUACCGGCAAGAGGACUUCCCGGAGACCACGUAUACCACGUACAGCGCCGAGCCGGUGACCGCGACCGCGUCCACCUUCGAGGACUAUCAGACCACCGAGGCCUCCGCCACGACGUACAACGAGCAGCAGCAGCAGACGCCGGCUUUGAUAGGUCGAGUGCCACCAGCUGCGAAUUACCCGAAUCAAUACGCGCCAGAUAACGCCAGAGUGACCGAGCGGGACAUCGAGCGCGAGACCACCGCGUCGUUCGCGACCACCCGGCCGUACCUCAACACCGAGAGCUACCGCUACAACACGGUGAACGCCUCGUCGGUCGUCAGCCAGGACGCCUAUCCUUCGUCGACGCCUUACUUCGACGACGCGAGCCGUUCCGACGAUUACCGAAGCGAGAACGACGUCGAGGCCAAAGGCACCACGAGGGACCCGUCGCGCGGCUCUUCGCCGAGCUUCCGGCAGAACUCGAUCAGCUCGACCGAGAAGCCCUGGCGCAGCACCAACGUCUACCAGCAGAGCGGCUCCACCAGCAAGACCUUGAGCCCGUACGACACUAGUUUCACCUACAAGCAGGGUAAGGUGCUGUCGACUUUGGGUCCAUACGUGCCUUUCACCAAGAACUACGUGUACUCGACGAUGACGACGACCUCGAGGCCGCCGAUCACCGCGUCGACCUAUCACAGCCCGACCAUCGCGGACUACCGCAUCACGACGAGCAAUCUGAUACCCAAGGUGAAGUCUUCGACGUUGCAGUCUGCGACGAGCAGACCCAAGGACCGAGCAACGUACUUGCCUGAGGUGGGUAACGAUAGUGGACGACCACCAGCAGUCAGCAGCUUGGAGGACAGGCCCUACGCCGAGCGUGAGCACGCGCUCAGCAUGCUGCACUCUCUUCAGGGCCUGGAGAACAAGGCGAACGGGCUGCACGUGACUGAGAGGACGGCUGGCUCCGGCCGGAGCAUUCCCCUCGCGCCCGGCCCGUCGACCUUGCACUCGUUGGCCUUGUACUUCGCCACGGCUAGCGACAGCUUCGACUCCAACGAGACCGCCGAGCCGGCCGCGAGUGCCGAAGACCACCCCGAGGCCGGCGAGAGUCUCUCCGCCGCGCGCAGCUCGUCGUCCGUCGAGCUGCCCACCAGCAUUCUCACGCAGCAUACCAUCACCUCGUACGCCGAUCUGUUCAACUUGAACAACGCGCUCGAGGGCAACGCCACGGCGACAGCCGAGCUGACAGCCGAGGCCGACGACGUUAGCGAGCUGGACGACGAGCAGGACCUCGAGCUCGAGCAGAGCGAGGGCCCGCUGAACGGCGCCAAGAAGACCAACGGCACCAAGUUCCGCGAGCUCGCUCAGGUGUUCACUCACGCUCUCUCGGCGUACCUGCAGGAUCCGGACACCUUCAAGAAGGCGUUGACGGACAUCAGGCCGACGGAACCGCCAUCGACCACCACCGACGGCCAGUUCGACAGCGACUCGACCACGCUCUACCCGACCACCGCGGAGGAGUACUCGUCGGUGACGAAGGAGAAGGACGAGGUGUUGGACUUUUCGGACGACAGCGAUUCCGCCAGGAGACGCAGGCCCACCACCGUGCAGCCGCCCACCACGACCGACAGGUACUCGACGUACUACACCACGCCGUACGACGACGACUACUACUCGACGCAGAGCCAGACCACACGGAGGCCGGUUUAUUAUCCGAGCACGACGCUGUUGCCGCCCGGCGAGUCCGGCGAGUACGUCGAGACAACCACGCAGGUCACCAGCGGCAACACCUUCGCCUACGAGGUGAACCGCGCAUUCGGCACCACCGCUGUCAACGACAUCCGCGGCUACGACGCUGCUGACACGAGGGACUCGACCGACCUGUCGCCGAUCUACGACAAUUAUUUCCCGUCGUCGGAGGACGAGGAUAACGCUCGCGGCAGGAUCGCUGGCUUCCACAACAACACCGCCAGGAACUUCCAGCCUUACGGCAAGAACGUCAAGCCGGCCAACGCCACGCCGAUCAACAACUAUGUGACGUCCACACUGGCGUCCUUCCAGAGUCCCGCGGGCACCAGCUGGGGCAGAGGUUCCGCCAGCGACAAGCCCGUGCAGAACCUCACGCCACCCCAUUACCAACGCUUCGGCAACGUCAAGAGCUUCGAGGUCUCCAACAGCAUCGUGCCGAGUCAGGCUCGCUCGACCACGCCGUUGCCGAGGAGCAAGCCUACCUACGAAGCCUCCAGCAGCACUGUUCACCCCUUCAGGAUACGUUAUUACGAGUCGACGACGACGACGACGCCGCCGCCGCCGCCGCCGCCGCCGCCGCCAUCGUCGCCGUCGCCGUCGCCGUCGCCGUCGCCGUCGCCGUCGCCGGAGGACCGGAGUCCGGAGUCUCUUGUGACAGCUCGCAGCUCAUACGCGAAGUUCAGGAACAGUUACAAUCGCAUAGAAGGCUCUCGCAAGCCGCCGGAGAACGUGGCGACCACGGCGACGAUCCCGUCGACGACGACGCCGCCGCCGCCGCCGCCGCCGCCGCCGGUCACCCGGGACACCGUCUGGACCUUGGACCCUGUCACAGCGACUGUCAGCGACGCCGACGUCACGCCGUAUACCGCCACCGUGGUGCGCGCCACCUCCAGCAAACCGGCCAACGCGUUCUCCAGCAAGCAGCCGAGCUCGCUGAGCAACGACCACUGGACUUCCUCGCCCAUGGUCACUCAGCUCUGGGAGACGACGGUGUUCGUGGACCCUCGGCACAUCAAUCACGGCCUGGAGUCCGACGACGUCACUCAGUCGUCCACGACGGACAACAGCGUGAACGAGCUCACCUCGACGGCGUCCACCUCCAGACCGUCGACGUUGUCCAGCGAAGCCGCGGACAGGACGCCGGUAUCGCGAGCGACCACCACCUCCAGCACCUCGAGUCCGUGGCAAUGGGCACCAAACGACAACGACUCGCCCGUGGCGUUCACUCUGCUGCCGACGACCUUCGCCGCGGAGAACACGGCGACACCGAGCCCGAUCAUCAGCACGCGCUCCAGUAUAACUACCACCAUCACGUCCUCGGUCACGUCGACCAAUGUCGGCCGGGAUAGCCUGCCGUCCACCUUGCUGCCCUUCACGCUGACCACCGGCGUGUGGAACAACACCGAGAACGAGGUGGUGAAGGCGCAGGAGAUGUUCGGCAAGCUGAACGAGACGAGCAGCGACACGCUGAUGCGCGUGAUGAAGCAGGCGGAUAAUAACGAGACGGUGAGGCAGCUGGUGCUGCUGCUGAUCAACCACUGCAACGGGCCCAGGAACAAGACGAUGGAGCAGGAGAAGGAGCAGCUGCUGGACGCUCUGCUGAGGAUGCCGGUCAACGAGUUCAGCUCCGAGGAGUCGCGCGAGAUCGUCGCCGGCAUCAGCAGACUCAGUCUGCCGAUCGGUAAAUCACGAGCCGCUGCUUCAAUAAGUAGCACGCCGAAGAUACCCCGAGCGACGUCCGUGGGACCCACUUCGUCCGAGCCAUCGAUCACCACGUUCCGCAGCAGGGCUGGGCGGAGGUUCCGGACGACCACCGAGAGCACCGUCGGCUUCGCCAGGAGAUUCGACGAAGAUGUCUCAGCGGACACGAACAAUUCUCUGUCGGAGGACGAGACCGCCGCGUCCGACAACAGGGCUCUCGAGCUCCUCAGGUCGCUCUACUCGAUAGCCGCGAAAUGGGGCUGAGACCGCACAAUCGAGGACCGAUCGAAAGUACGCGUACGUCGGAAGACUCGCGAGAUGAAGAUCUCGCUGGAGUACUAGAAGACGUUCAUCUGUCGAUACGUCGGAGUAGAUCGUCGCGCGUCCGCUCCGCUUACUUAGCUAAACUCUUCAACUUCAACUCGCGGGUUCGGCGCCUCGCGUUUCACGCCGGACGUUAAAUCGGUUUUGAUCUCGGCCCAUAAAUCGACCAGGAUCCGAUCCACGGAGUAGGCGAUGGCGUCGAGACCCGAGGAUCGGCAACGACAACGUCCGGGGUAUUUUAGCGGGAAGCGCUGCUCUCGUUCUCGUUCGCUUUCGUUAAACUUUUGGAAUUAUUGCACGGCUCUUGCUUUUCUUUGUUUCUUAACGUAACGUGUCUCUCUCUCUCUCUCUCUCUCUCUCUCUCUCUCUCUCUCUCUCUCUCUCUCGCCGAACAGACCGAACGCGAAUUAAGGAGUGGGAGUUGGAAGAUUCGACGGCACCUGCGUCACGAAUCGAUAGCUCGCCGGCGCGCCGGUGAAGUUCGAUUUAAUUCGGGGCCGAGAUUGACUUAAACGAUUUUCACCUGCGCUCGCGGAUAUCAAGUAGAUCGAAUCGACGACCGCUUUCGGAAUGUCAUUUUCGAGCCGGUUGCUUGGUAGCCGCGACCGAGCCGUCGGUCUGUUGAUACGCGGAGUCCCGGUCGAUCGUUCGAUCGUCGAUGAAGUCGCAACAACGAUCAGCAACGGCUAGCGGUCCGACGAUUAAGAUUAUUCAUGUAACGUUCUCGCCGUUCUUUUUACUAAGAAUAAAACAUCGAUCGCCUCCAGACAUCGGCAAAUAUUACUUGCAAAAAAUGCCUGCCAUACUUCAUCCCUCUCGUUCGACUACACUCUUGUGCGCGAACGCUGCUGUACGAAUAUUCUACAAUUUAGCUCUCUCUCUCUCUCUCUCUCUCUCUCUCUCUCUCAUCGCGUUGAAUGUUCAACGAGAAACCUAACCCAGCUGUUUCACUCACUCUUACAGCAAUGACAGUGAAUCUCUUGAAUUCUCUUCUCGCGUGAUUCUCGGGCAACGCGAAGCGAAAAAUGUCUACCCCGGGAAGAAGUGGAUUUUAUCGCAAGACAAUUUUCGACAAGAAUCCAUAUAAUUCUGCACUUUUUUCUCCUUUCCUUCUUCUUGCCUCGGAAAAACGCACGCCCGAACGCACGAUCGUGCGCGGAAUGAGGGAGUUAACUUUAAUCGUUGGUGCAACCAGCGUAGCGCGUCAGACAGACAUAGAGCGUUGAUCGCGGGAAUCGACCAUGCCCGAGCAACAUAUAACUAUACUCAUGUAAAAUAACGAUUGUCCUGCAUGCCGACGUAAAGGGGCCGAAGCACUUCGCAUGGCUCGCCCGCUCCUCUAACAGUGCCCUCGCUGGGUCGCACUCUCAAUUCGCAACUCCUCUACGCUGAAUUGUCCGCGCGAGAUUGUCGGGACGCGGUGAAUCGCGCUCGCGGCUCUCCUCUCGCGCUCGCGAGCUCUACGUGCUCACAAUCUCUCAUCCUCUUCUCGCGUGCGCCUCCCCCGCGAGAGCUCCAUAUUCCCGUCCCCCUGCGAAGCUCGCGUUAAUAAUUUCCCGCCGGCAUCGGAUUCGUAUUCGCGUAGCCGCAUCGCACGAACUUCCAAUUCGCCCCGGAUAAUUUUCGCCGCCCUCGUCAGUGCUGCGAGAAGACCCUCUCCGUCCCCCCCGACGGGGGGGCGCGUCCUUCAAAUUAUUUAAUCGCCCCCGCUGCGGCUCCUGCACGUACCGGCUACACAAUAAGCUACUUGUAUCUUGAAAUUACGGUGUUGGUAACGUUCUCUUUCGUUUGGCCAGUCCUCGAGGGUCGCCGGUGCGCCUCCGCUGCGGCCCCGAGGCUUCCAAACGGGGUCUCUAGGUCAUUAUUUAAGUACGCGAUCUAGCGUGUAGCUGUGUCGACUUUAUGUAAUAUACCUUUGUACAGUAUGUGAAUAAAUAAACAGGGUUUUGUUUA